GGUCCUUUGAUAUUUUUGUUUUUGAUGAACAAAUUCCGAAGAAGGCUUUUGUCCUCUUUCGAGGGAGUAGAGUCAUUCCUACAAAGUAACAACAAACUUGCUCCAAUUAGAUAUUCCUAUUCGGACAUAAAGAAGAUGACUAAGAAUUUUGAAGAUAAACUAGGCCAAGGAGGCUUUGGUUCUGUUUAUAAAGGAAAGCUUCGUAGUGGUCAUCUUGUAGCAGUCAAAUUGCUUGGAAAAUCCACAAGAAAUGGGCAAGACUUCAUCAAUGAAAUAGCAACUAUCGGAAGGAUCCAUCAUGUAAAUGUUGUCCAACUUGUUGGAUAUUGUGCUGAAAGAUCCAAGCGUGCUCUUAUUUAUGAUUUCAUGCCAAAUGGUUCCCUUGACAAGUACAUUUUCAAUCAAGAAAAAGCAUCUUCAUUAAGAUUGAAGUGGGACAUGAAAUUUAAGAUUGCAGUUCAAGUGGCUCGAGGGAUUGAGUACUUGCACCAUGGUUGUGACAUCCAGAUAUUACAUUUUGACAUCAAACCUCAUAAUAUACUUCUUGAUGAUAAGUUCGUCCCAAAAAUAUCAGAUUUUGGGCUUGCAAAACUAUGUGCCGCAAACAAGCAGGCAGUGACAUUGACGGCUGCUAGAGGAACUAUUGGGUAUGUUGCUCCUGAACUUAUCAAUAGAAGUAUUGGUGCAGUGUCUUACAAGGCUGAUGUGUAUAGCUUCGGGAUGUUGUUGAUGGAAAUAGUAAACUUAAAUAAAGACUUGACAAGGAACAAUGAUGAAUCUAGUAAGUAUUUUCCAAACUGGAUAUACGACCACUUGAACGAAGGUAGGAACAUUGACACUGGAAAUAUUGAUGAAAAUGAUGAUAGAAACAUUGGUCGGAAGAUGACUAUUGUCGCGUUAUGGUGCAUACAAAUGUGUUCAGACAAUCGUCCAUCAAUGAAUAAGGUGUUGGAGAUGUUAGAAGGUGAUGCCGAACAUUUGAAGAUCCCUAAUUACCCAGCGUAUAUGGCAGGAUAUGAGAAAAAAAACUGGGUUACGCCUACAGAUUCAAAUGUUUCCUUAUCAUUGUUGCAUGAUAACAAUGAUAGCAAUAUUAUUGAGAUUAUUAGUAAUGCUUGA